AUGCUCAAGAAUAUAUUUCGUUCCGCCUUCUUAUCCGUAAAUACAAAUUUGAGACGUCAGUUGUCGUUGGGGUUGAACCUGAAGUCUGAAGCUAAACCAAAUGAAGCAGUUAUUCAAGCAGAAAGGGUACGAAAACUCAGAAAGAGGAGACCAGUAGCAGCACCAGUGCCCAAAGUGAAUCGCGAGCCGUCGGUGGUGUCGAUGGCGAUAUCAGAGAGUCUGAACCUUCAAGAAGUCAUAGCAGAUAACCAUUUAAACAGUAUGUACAUCAUAACCUGCAUAGAUGAUGAUACGGACGAUACUCUGCAUUUCGUCAAAAAACUGGAAUACACUAUCAAUCCAGCCGAAUUAAGCGAGUUGUUCGUGUUUCGCGACGGCGUCGUCGUUUUCUGGAACGUCGAUUCGAGUCAAAGAUCGCAAAUUUUGCGGGACCUCGAGAAGUACGUCGACGGGCCGUAUGAUUCGAUGAUUGUGAUGGACGAGCAAGACCGAAUGUUCUAUAGAUUCGCCGAACAAGAUGCGGUCUCGUCAAUACAUCAGGAUCGAUUCUAUUUGUCAUCGAAACACACAAAUUCGUUGUCGAGCUCGAACGAGGCGAUUCUUGAAAGAUUUGCGCUGAGUCAAGCGUUUGCGGCAUCCGUGAAAAUUGGAGUUUGGGAGUCGUUGUUGAAUAAUCUCGCUGAGCCGCUUGCCACAACUACAAAGUCUCUAACUCAAGGCAUUGUUCCGUGGAACCGAAAACAGGCGUUGAUGAAGUCCGGAGAAUUUGCAGCGUUGAGGCAUUCGAUAAAUCUCGACUGCACAAUAUUGAACAAGGAUUUCUAUUGGGAGCGGCCGGAACUUGAGAAAUAUUAUCUGAUGGCUGGAAGGCAUUUCUCGCUGGAACGCCGCAUCGGAAUGCUCAACAAACGUCUCGAUUAUUGCGAGGAGCUCGUCAAAAUGGUCGACAAUACGCUUGCUUUGAGACAUGCUUCCACUCUUGAAUGGAUGAUCAUUGUGUUGAUUGUGAUCGAAGUCUUCUUCGACGUUUUCCAUUUCGUUGAUAAAGGCCCGAAAAAAGUCGUGAUUGUGUCAGAAGCCGAAGCUCAACAAUGA